AUGAUGUCCGAGAAGUUCCCUGAUGUGUUCACUUGGAUACAAAACAUUCCACAAGUCACAACAUGGAACACACCUUCCUUUUCCUUUUGUAUUUGCCCCUCAGCUUCUGAUUUCCCAAACUCAACCCUAAAUCUCAUAGCACAAAGAAACCAUAACCCUACGAUCCCCAUAUUCUCCAUCGUCGUCCAAUCAAACAAUCAUCCUCCUUUGUAUCUAUGGACCUCUAAACAAGAACUCAACAUCAACCCAAACUCACCAAACCCUUUCGAUGAACAAACAAUCGUCUCUCUCCUCUUCAGUAUCGUCGAAUCUAUCUUAACCUAUACCUCUAGUAGUUCCAAUUACUCAACCAUCAAAACCCCUAAACCCAACUCAUCGAUGAUUGACGGUCUUAAAGACAUAUUCAACACCGUGAUCCUCACUCUCUCGUUCGUUGUCUGCGUCUACGAAGCUCCCUUGUAUCUCCGGGAAAGCUGCCUCAAUACCCUCAAGAAUCAUUUGGUUACUUGUAAAGCAAGGGAAGCAACGGUGUCUCUGAUGAAACUUCUAGGGUCUAAUCUGGAGGAACAGUGGAUGAGAUCUGUGAAUCUAGCGAUCACAAACUGGAUCAUUGAGCGUGGUCGUUGUCAGUCCAACAAGACGACAGCAACUCCUUUGUUUUCUUACGCUGUCUCUGCUUAUGGAUUGUGGAAAGUGCAACUGUAUUGUCCCGUUGAAGCCAUGGAAGUGGAGAGAUCGAGCAACCCAAUGGCUGAUUCGAGAUUGUUGUUCUCUCUCAAGUUUAAUCAGCUCGAAGGUGUCAUGCAAUUCAAUCACAGAGUUGUAGUCAGAGACAAGUGGAUCGAUGUGAUCGUAAAGAUAGACAACAUCAGAUACGAUGUAAUAAAGCUUGUAAAUGAGAGACUAAUGUCAAGAAAAGGAGCAGGAGAACACGAGAAGCAUUUCCCAUCAAGGAUCGCUCUGCAACUAACCCCAACUCUCCAAACCGAUUUCAUAAGCGUUUCGGUUAGCAAAUCAUCAAACAACCCGGGACGAGAGUUCGGGGUCGAGAGAUCUAUAGAAGGCUCCUUCGACCCACCAAACUCGCUAGGCCUAAGAGUCGCGGGACGAGAAGCCUCCACCAUGACAAUGACCCCGUGGAAGUUCGAGCAGUCCGUGCUCGGCUACACGGUCAACCUAAACUGGAUCUUGUACGACAGCAGCGUCGGAGGAAGAGAGGUUUUCUCGACAAAGCCGUCACGGUUUUCGAUCAUGAGCCCGAGGUCUUGGUUCAAGGACCGGUACGCGAGCGCAUAUCGGUCUUUUACGAGGAGAGGAGGAGUGAUAUUUGCAGGGGAUGAGUAUGGAGAGAGUGUGGUGUGGAAGAUUGGGAAAGGAGCAAUGGGGAGAAAAAUGGAGUGGGAGAUUAAAGGCUCUAUUUGGUUGACUUAUUGGCCAAAUAAGUACAAGACUUUUUACCAUGAGACUCGAAAACUCGAGUUUACACAGCUUCUUCAUAUCACCAUCGCUUAA